AUGAAGUCAACGAGCUUUCCGAAAUGGCUUCCAAUCGAAAUUAAAGAAUUUUACCUGGAAAAUGUUUGUUGGUUUUAUUUUUUUUCAUUUUUCCUAUUGAUUCGAGUUUUAGGGAGUCAAGAACCUUUUUAAAUGGCAAAGAAAUAUUAUCGACCAAUCUUCUGAAAGUCAGCAGAAUAUACUUUUCAGUGCACCCACUAGUGCCGGAAAGAGUAUUGUUGCCGAGUUUCUAGGUGAUUUUUCUAUUUUUGUUUUGAUCAAAGUUUUUAAUUCUUCUGACCGCCGUACGAUAUUUUGGCGUUCCAUUCAUAAACGCAAUUCCAGUCGAAAAAUUGGAAAGAGCCACAGGAUUUUACAGAUCUUUAACUUCAAACUUUUUUUUCUUCUUUUUCUAAUAAUGUCAAGUACAUAAUUACAAAGAAGAUGCGCGAAAAGACAAAAAUUUACAAUUCCGGUCUUUAGAAAAGAAGGUGCAGUGUACGUGUCAAAUUCAUGUUUCAUAUUUUAAGCUCUUCGAGUAGCACAGGAGGGGAGAAAAGUUCUUUUUAUUUUGCCAUAUAUAUCCGUGGCCAAAGAGAAACUCUUCCACCUGCAGGCUCGUUUCAAUUCAUUUCUCAAAAAAAAAAACCGCAAGAUUCAGAAAUGUUGGCGACGGGUGGAUAUUACCGUUGCCGGCUUCAUAGGUCCCAAUUCAGUUCCUCCAAAUGACUGGCUUGCCGCCGUUUGCACCAUCGAAAAGGCUGCAAGUCUUUUGAACCGAGCCUUGACUGACGCAUGGUGUGAUAAGAUAGGCAAGAUGUGUUCAGAAAAAAUAAAUAAGAAGUUUUAUUAUAGGUAUGGUAGUUGUGGACGAACUUCAUAUGUUGUUCGACUCUUCUCGCGGCGUGAAUCUUGAGUUUUUACUUUGCAAGAUUUUGUACUGGAACAGGUAAUCCGAGAUUUGUCUGAAAAUUCUCAUAUUUACUCUUAUAAAUUAGGACUGCCGCCGUGAACCCGAUUCGUGUGGUUGGCAUGAGCGCUACUGUUCCACAAAUAAAGAGUCUAGGCGAAUGGAUGAACUCCAAAGUUCCUCAUCGAAAAACUUUUGUCAUGAGAACAAUUUUCCAGGUUUUCCGAGCCGAAUUUCGACCAAUCGACUUGAAGGAAAACGUCGUUUACAAUGACAUUGUCUAUAAUUCUGAAGGAGAAGUUUUUGGAGAAGAAAUUCGUCGAUUAGAAUCGUCUAGAGACGUUUCCUUGACGUUUGUUUUACAAAUUUCAAUUACUUUUGAUAUAAUAUGUAUCAGAUUCAACAUAAAAUCGUUUGAUAAAGUAGUUCAGAAAUAGAAACUUCUUCAAGACGUGAAUAGUCGAAAGUUUCAGACUUGCCUUGGAAGGCUGCCGCCGAGGUAAGAAGCAACUAUUGUUUUGCUCUUCAAAGGCUGACACGGAAAAGGUGAAGCGUGUAGAUGAGAUUUUUUGAAAGGAUUUUCUUAUUAGACAUCUCUCGAUUUGGCGAAACUUCUCGACCCACUGCUCAAGAGCAGUCCAAUUUUGAAAGAUGUUAUGGAAAAAAUUCGAGAAGGACUCAUGGCGGCCAAAAAGAGACUCGAUCAGUUGGGCUCUACCGACAAAUGCCUCCUGUUGUCGUUGGCUCGAGGAAUAGCUUUCCAUCAUGCAGGUUCCUCUGAUCGAUGUCUUCUUCAUUGUAGCCAUCAGAUGUGUUUGUAAGGUCUCACGAUAGAGGAACGGGAAUGCAUCGAAGAAACGUUUCGAAACGGUCAUCUGCUGGUUCUGGUGUGCACGAGCACGUUGGCCUCUGGUUGGAUCUCAUUCGUUUUUUUUUUGAGUUUCCUGUUCCAGGAGUGAAUCUUCCGGCAGAGACUGUCAUCAUAAAGGCACAGUCACGAGGUCCGUCUGCUUUAAAUAGCACCACCUAUCGUCAAAUGAUUGGCCGCGCUGGGAGGAUGGGUCAUUCAACUGAAGGUUCCCUUUUUAAAAUCCAAGUUCAACCUAUUUAUUUCAAUCCGAAAAUCAACAAUACGCAAGAUAAUUUUUUUAGAUAUUUCAGAGGAUGUCGAAAAUGUUUUUCAGAGAGGUAGAACUCGUAAUUGUAGAUUUUCACGUGGACAAAACUGAACUCAUUCAAGGUCAUUCUAGUUUCGAGAUUGUAUUUUUUUGCAGUUGAGAUACAUAUUUUUCGAUUCAAUAAUCAAACUUCCAUAACUGUUCUCUACGCUCACUUAUUAUUUGGAAAGUGUGAAGCAAUAGAGUUUUCAUCUGCUACAUUGAACAAAGGUUGCGUUGAGGUUCAAAGUAGUUCGCUUACAAAACUAUGAUUUCCUCGUUGAAUUUUCAUGAGUAUAUUUGGUGAAGACUUUCGGAUUCAGUUGAUCAUCAAGGAAUGCAGGAAAAUGUUUUUUCUCUUACUUAAAAGUCGAACUGAAAAACACGGAAACCGAGGUCAGCGCACGUUCAAAGGGCGCUGGCCGAAAGACUUGGAAGCCUCUAACAACCACUUGAGCUAA